UCGCCGAAUCGGUCGCAUACUUCUGUAGCACACAGAACACAAAAUAGCACAUUUGUUUGCCCUCUCGCAUUCGUCAGAAACAAGGAGUGUUUUACUCGUGUAUCACACACGCUCAACAUUGGAAGCACCGACCCGCGCGCGGUUAUAUGAAUCGUCAUUAGUAAUUCAUGUGACUCUCGCUCACUAGAGUUUUUUUUUUAUAUAGAAGAAAAAAAACACAUUUUUUUUGUUUCUUUUACAUUGCAAUUUUUCCACGCAAUAAAUUUGCUGGAAGGGAAAAACGUGUCAAAUAAUAAUAAUAGUGAAUAGACUUGAAAAAAAGGAAAUUUAUAUAGUUUUCACUUUUCACAAGAGAAUAAAAGCCCAUUGUUUUCAUAUCAUUGGCUGUGUGUUUGACGACGACUACGACGACGACCAGGUGUAACAUACAUCUCAUCUAAAAUUGCAACAGUGAACGAAAGACGACGUGUGUGUGUGCCAAACAUAAUAGAAAGCCCGCAUAAUAUCAUCCAUCAGUAGGCAGAAUGAUGCAGCCGAGGAACAGGAAAAUAUGCCUCUUGGCAUUUGUUGGAACAAUGCUGUUGUUGGUAUCACAUUGUAAAAGUCAUCAAAUGAGCAUCAGCAACACAUGGACCCUACCACAAGACGGCUUUACCGUAUUUUAUCGAUUUUUUCGUGAUAAAAUCUCUUGGUACGAAGCGGAUGCUGUGUGUCAGUUCCACCACGCAAACUUAGUUACAGUUGAUAAUGGUGUCAAAUACGAUGCAAGCCGAGCAUAUUUGAGUGAUUUAAACGUGACAGAAAAUGUAUGGAUUGGAUUGAUGAGAUCUCAGAAUUCAGAUCGUUUUAUGUGGUCGAAUUCGAAAAUAUUGGAUCGUGAAUUCGGCAACUAUUGGGCCGAACAAAUUCCGGCCAUUGAUUCGCCGUUGUGUGCGGUUGUUGACCCAACAAAAGACUAUCGUUGGCAUAGUUUACGCUGUGGUGGACCCGAUGUAGCAGCAUUCUUGUGCGAAAUGGAGGCGCCUGAAUGGGCUUCGGAAUGUUUAAUUCGCGCAUUACCAUCGCUUCAAAUUCAAUAUGUUGCCGAUAGUGCAACGAUUGAGCUAUCACGCGAUUGUGGUGGUGCCGAGGGAAUUAAGCGUUUAACAUGCAACGGUAAACAGGAUCAGGAUGUGAUUCAACGUGAAUUACUAUGCCGCUCGGAACGUGCAAGUUUUACAAGUGACAAUGAAAUGAAAGCGGCUGCCGAAGAGUUGCCAUCGCAAAAUAUUAUUGAAAUGAUGACAUUGGCUUCAUCUCGAACCGACAACAUGGAAAACAAUAAUAUUGAUAAAAUUGCAAAUCAAAUUGAGGCAUCUGUUGAAGUUGACAACAAAUUCAAUUUGGAUGAAAUGAUGAUGGGCGAUGCAGCCGCACAAGAUGAUGAUGUCAAACCGGUAAAGAAUGCAAAGAAAUUCACAAAUUCAGAAAAACCAUUGAAAAAUCAACCGAAACAAAUGAGAAAAACAAAAAGCGACGAGAGUAACGGUGAUGAUGUAAUGAUGGGUGAUCAACCAGACUCUUCCGCCAAUUCUGCUGAAGAUAAUUUCAAAAAUGCCAAAGAAACUUUUAUAACAACACCAAAAAAUGUGGUGGAACUGCAACGAACAACGAUUGAAAUGCGAAACCGACGUGAAACGGAAAUUCCAGUCAACAUUUCCGCCACAACCGAAUCGAAUAUCCAAACGGAAACUGAAGUGAUGCAUUUACCCCACAAGGAAAUAGCGCGUGAUCAUUUCAUUCCACCGAUGUUACUGGUGCAACAUCAAAAUUCAACGGAAACACCACUACUAUCAUCAACAAAUGGUCAGGAAUUAGAUGCAUCCAGUGCAAAUUCUACAUCACAGGUAAAUGAUCAAGAGAUUUUAGCAUCUUCUACGCAACAAACACCAGUGCCAACAACAAUCGCCAACGACGUGACUACAAUCAAUUCAAGUAAUGAAACAUUAUCCACUACAGUUGUAAGUUCUUCUUUUGCACCUAAUGCGAGCACAACAAACUCAUCCGAAUCAACUACUGUUUCGACGACAACAUCCGUUCAAAUACCUCAUGAAUAUCCCAAAUCAAAUAUGAUGCGCCCACAUGCACCGAAAUUUGGUGGUGAAAUUUCUUAUCAUGCACCACACAUUCCAACGACCACUACCAAAGCUCCGACUGAUUUUAUACAGGCAAACGAUUCAAGCAUUGCCAUGGAAACGAUAAAUUCAACAGAAACAACAAUUACCAGUGAAAAUGUUACGAUUUUAUCAUCCAAUUCAUCAGUCAAAUCAACUGAAAUAGUCAUCGAUGCAGCAACGCAAUCGAUUAACGAAACUUUUACCGAAGCUCGUCAUUUGGAAGUGGCAAAACGUAGCAAUUCGCUUGUUGCUAUCGAUAAACAUCAACACAAUCAUGAACAGCAACAUGAAACGGAUUCACAUAAGCGAAUCAAUGAAACAAAGCAUGCAGAUUUCACAAACGCUGAACUUGACUAUCAAAACUUCAAACCGAAUCGCAAACGUAUUCUUACCAAACCCGAAACGCACACUUUUAUUCAAAAGGUUUUCGGUUAAAUGCGCAUGGAGAAAGAAAAAAAGAAUCUAUGUUUGUGUAUUGAGAUAUGAGAGAAUCACAAAGAAACAUUUGAAUUGUUCGAUUAUGGGCGACCGCAUUUUGAUGAAGGGUAAAAGAAACUAAAUUUAUACAUUGAAUGGCUUGAUGCGAGCAUUGUCGAAUCCUAAAUCUUUCAAUUCCUUUAUUAUUAAAAUAAAUACAUAUACCUCAAAAAGUUCAAUCUAACUGAUUAUGUGCAAUAGCACAUCGAAUACAGUUGCUUCUCUAUUCAAUUUCAGUGUGCAAAUCAGUGUCAGUCAAUCGUCAAGAAUGUGUCAAUUAUUAUGUUUGAGAAUUUCUAUUUGAAGCGCUGUCCCCACUCACUCAGCCACAAUGCCACAAUAGAAGAGUAUGUUUCUUUUACAAAUAAGAAAUGAUUGUUGUGAUAUACAUAAUGAGAAGAAAGUCUCAUAGAUUUUAACCCAUAUGAGGAAUAAAUAUAUUGCACCAAUUUCAGAAAUUAAAAAAAAAUGAUUGGCUUUGAUUAUGUCUUUCAUUCAUUUAAAUAUCUUUCAAUUAAAAAAAAGAAAUCAUCGAAAUUCGUCCCUUUUGAAAAAAAUAUAUAAUUUAUUGAUUGUGUAGUUUUAAACAAUUUUAAUCGUUUUUGUCGAUUUGAAUUUUUAUUUAUUAAAUAAAAUUGAGUUGACCGUGUGUCAUAUGCGACACAAUAUCGUUUGAAUAUGGAAAUAUAAUUACAGCACAUUCUUUUUUAUCGAAAAAUGCUUAAUUAUGCUACCAAAAAAAAGAAGAAUAUAAUUGAACUUCAGUCAGUUUUGAAUAAUUAUUAAAAUAGAGAGCACACAUGUAAUAAAAUCUUAAACUGAUAUUUAUUCAAAAUAAAACUUAAUAAAGUUUCAACCAUGAACAAA